UGGGAAAUAACAAAAACAUUUGCAGGUUCUCAGGAUAGGGUAGUAUAAAAGGACAUUUUUUCCAGUUCGUUGCCAUCCCCUUUCGUGGUUCGACACUGGUUAAAGAUGAAGGCUGUUGCCCUGUUCCUCGUGCUGGCCCUGUGCGUCGCGUCCCGCCCUGGCGCUGCGCAGGUGUUCACUCCUUGCCCCUACGAAGUGUCGGUCAAGUGCCCUGCCGUCGACGGGGACUUCCCGACCUUCUUCGCGCAUCCCGACGACUGCUCCAAGGGCUGCGAGUGCUCCAAGGGCAUCGCGUUGGAAGUCCAGUGCCAAUUUGGCCUCCUGUGGGACGAUACAGUCAGCGUGUGCAAUUGGGCAUACCAGGUCGACUGUGGCUCUCGUCCUCUGCCAUCUUAAGGAGAUCAAGUCUUUAACACGUGUCUUUUAAUGAAAUAUAUUUUUUAUAUGCAAU